CGCCUUCAUCACUGCCAAUCAUAAAGCCCAAACUACCACUCUCUCUCUCUCUCUCUCUCUCUCUCUCACACACACACACACACACACUCUCCGAGUCUCUCUUACUCUGAAUCCUAUUCGCUGAGCUUCACUUUGUUCUCCAAAAUGUGGACCGCGCGCUAGAUCUCCGAUCAGUGCAGUAUGAUCAACGCUCUCUGAUCCGUCCAAUCACUUCUCUCCCCGGCAGUGGUGCGAAUGUGAAUCCCUUGCCAAAGCUCAUUCAAGCUUCUUGUACCAGCAGGUUUCGUGAUAAUUUGGUCUACUUAACCAAUGAAUAUGUGCAUAUCGGAACAUUGGUGCGCUGUUUUGGUGCUAUUCAGCGUUUUGAUUAUCGGAAAAGCAGAGAUUUACUUAGUGACAGUUGAAGGAGAGCCUAUAAUAAGUUACAGAGGUGGGGUUGAUGGUUUUGAAGCCACGGCUGUGGAGUCCGAAGAGAAUAUUGACACCACCAGCGAAAUUGUGACAUCCUAUGCUCGUCACCUUGAUUUGAAACAUGAUAUGCUUCUCGGGAUGCUGUUUGAGCAAGGGACCUACAAGAAGCUCUAUAGCUAUCGGCAUCUUAUAAAUGGAUUUGCAGUUCACAUUUCUCCUGAACAGGCAGAGAUCCUAAGACGUGCCCCUGGUGUGAAGUCUGUGGAGAGAGAUUGGAAGGUGAGGAAACUUACCAUACAUACCCCACAGUUUUUGGGGCUUCCAACCGGAGUAUGGCCCACGGGAGGUGGCUUUGAUAGGGCUGGAGAGGAUAUUAUUAUCGGAUUUGUGGACUCGGGGAUCUUUCCGCACCAUCCAAGCUUUGCAACCCGUAAUACUGAACCAUAUGGACCUGUUCCAAAGUACAGAGGAAAAUGCGAGCUUGAUCCCGACACUAAGAGGGACUUCUGUAAUGGGAAGAUUAUUGGAGCCCAACAUUUUGCUCAAGCUGCAAUUGCUGCUGGGCAAUUUAACCCUUCUGUUGAUUUUGCCUCGCCUAUGGAUGGCGAUGGCCAUGGAAGUCACACAGCUGCUAUUGCAGCUGGAAAUAAUGGAGUUCCUGUUAGAAUGCAUGGCCAUGAAUUUGGGAGGGCAAGCGGAAUGGCGCCUCGUGCCAGGAUUGCUGUAUACAAGGCACUAUACAGGAAUUUUGGGGGUUUUGUUGCUGAUGUAGUUGCUGCAAUCGAUCAGGCUGUUUAUGAUGGGGUGGAUAUACUCAGCCUCUCAGUGGGACCAAACAGUCCUCCAGCAAACACGAAGACCACAUUUUUAAAUCCUUUUGAUGCCACGCUUCUAUCAGCUGUGAAAGCUGGUGUAUUUGUUGCACAAGCAGCUGGAAAUGGAGGUCCUUUUCCUAAAACUUUGGUUUCUUACAGCCCAUGGAUAACAUCUGUGGCAGCUGCAAUUGAUGACCGCAGAUACAAAAACCAUCUGAAUCUUGGAAAUGGAAAAAUAUUAGCUGGAAUUGGAUUGUCUCCUGCUACACAUUCUAAUCAAUCAUAUACCUUGGUUGCUGCAAAUGAUGUACUGCUGGAUUCUUCAGUAGUGAAAUACAGCCCCUCAGACUGCCAGAGACCCGAGGUUUUAAACAAGAACUUGGUUCAGGGGAACAUUCUUCUUUGUGGCUACUCCUUUAAUUUUGUUGUUGGUACAGCAUCGAUCAAGAAAGUCUCAGAAACAGCCAAGAUCCUAGGUGCCAUUGGCUUUGUUUUAGCUGUGGAAAAUGUUUCUCCUGGGACAAAAUUUGAUCCUGUUCCUGUUGGCAUUCCGGGGAUUCUUAUCUCAGAUGUUGACAAGUCAAUGGAUCUUGUAGACUAUUAUAACAUCUCUACAUCAAGAGAUUGGACUGGACGAGUGAGAAGCUUCAAAGCGACUGGUAGCAUUGGGGAUGGCUUGAUGCCUACACUUCAUAAAUCAGCGCCUCAGGUGGCAUUAUAUUCUGCUCGAGGUCCCAAUAUAAAAGAUUUCAGCUUCCAAGAUGCAGAUCUUCUCAAACCAGACAUUCUGGCUCCUGGUUCUCUAAUUUGGGCUGCUUGGUCCCCAAACGGAACGGAUGAGCCUAACUAUGCAGGAGAGGGAUUUGCCUUGAUAUCUGGAACUAGCAUGGCUGCGCCACAUAUAGCAGGAAUAGCUGCUCUUGUAAAGCGGAAGCACCCUCAUUGGAGCCCUGCUGCCAUCAAGUCAGCCUUGAUGACAACAUCAACAACGUUGGACAGAGCAGGAAGGCCUCUUCAAGCGCAACAAUCUUCUGAAACAGAAGCUACGAAGUUUGUCACUGCUACACCUUUUGAUUAUGGUAGUGGCCAUGUUAAUCCAAGAGCUGCUUUGGAUCCUGGACUUAUUUUUGAUGCAGGUUAUGGGGAUUACUUGGGGUUCCUGUGCACAACUCCAGGUAUUGAUGCUCACGAGAUAAAGAAAUACACAAGCUCGCCCUGCAACUACACCAUGGGCCAUCCAUGGAACCUCAACACCCCGUCAAUAACAAUAUCCCAUCUUGUGGGGACUCAAACUGUUACUCGCAGAGUCACAAAUGUAGCCGAGGAAGAAACCUAUGUAAUCAGAACCAGAAUGGCUCCAGCCAUUGCCAUUGAAGCCAGUCCUCCAGCAAUGACUCUGUUACCUGGUGCUUCACGAAAAUUCUCUGUGACGCUCACUGUCAGAUCAAUGACUAGAACAUACAGUUUUGGAGAGGUUUUAAUGCAAGGCAGCCGAGGGCACAAGGUGAGGAUCCCAGUGGUAGCUAUGGGAUACAAACGAUAGAUGGGUUGGUGGAUUAUAGAUUGGAUUUGUUAAUCUGAAAACUAUGGGGUAUGGGUGUGAUAUUCUUUGUAAUAUGUGGGAAUAAGAGGCUAGAUGCAUUUUGUUCUGAAAUAUAUAUAUAUAUAUAUAUAUAUAUGAGCUAUAAAGAGAUUCUAUAAAAGUAAAAUCACAAAGUAACUAUGUGAUUUGAUGUGGUAUGUUAGAUUGUAAAUCUAUUUUUAUUUUAAAGUAGAUCUAACGUAUCAUAUAAAAUCAUGUCAGUUUAUAAAUUUACUUUUAUAAAAUUUCUUUGUAGUUUUUGCAAUUCUCAUAUAUUUAUAUAAUAUUGAAUUGCUGUAAAGAUAACUGUUAUAGGGGGGAGACUUGUUGAAGUUUCUUCCACUUACAAGUUUUCCUAAUUUGUUAGUUCGGAUUGUGUUACUAUAUUAUGUUCUUGGGUAGUCAAGUGCUUUGUGCUGAUGAUGUAACCAAGCUCAUCUGAUUUGACUUGUUUAAUAGUAAUGUAAACGUGAGACAAGAUUGAAAUUUA